GACCAGGUUCACCCAGUCGGUUCACGGUCCUCGUCACUGCGGCGGUCGCCGAAGGAGGCAUCGGGAGACAAGAGUUUGCAUGAAGUUCAGAUCACGUAUUUCCCCUGUCAAGGUGUUGAUCUUCAUCGAAUUGGCUCUGGUGGCCAACCUUUUGGCUUCUCAACAGGGCUUUCAGAUGUGGAACACUGGACGCCGUCACACGCCAUCUUCGAACGGCUCGGCUCAGCUGGCUGUGUGACGGACGACGGAAGUCGUCCCCGCCGCAGACGAAUCCAGGCACCAUGACCAUGCCGCCAGGCCGCCGACGCGGGCUCGUGGCAUCGUGUUUGUCCCUGAUGGUCGCUUGGGGUCUCGUCGCGCAGUGGACGGCCUUUCUGGAAGUGCCCCAACAGCAGGAACUUCAGCGCCGGCAGAUCUUGGCCAUCAGCGCUGGAGCAGCAGCGCAGGCCCUGCCCACGCCCGCGGCUUUGGCGGGCGACCGAGAUCGCCUGUCCAUGGUCCUGGCUGUGAGGAGGAAGUUCUUGCCCAAGAUCUUGAAGACCUACAAGGAGUUGCAGGCAGCGGGCAGCAUCACAGAUGACUUCUUGGAGGAGAAGAAGUUGAAGAAGUUUAUCACUGCACUGAUGAGCUACGGCAGCAUUCAACGCAUGGAGGAGGCGCCUGACAAGAUUUCUCGGAAGCUGCAAGCAGAUGCCAAGGAAGUGGAGCAGUUCUUGUUAGCCAAAGACUAUGCCAACGCGAUGAAAGCUCUCGAGACGUACCGCUUAGACGUCCCCAAUGGCGGCGGCGAGUUCGAGUGGAGCGCCGAGGGCUGAGUGAUGGCUUGGUGACAGCGCUGGAGGUUUGACGAGCGGCCGUGGAGCUGCAAAGCCUUCCUUGCCAG